GACCCCGCUGUCACAGCCGGCCCGCCGGCGGCGGGGAAGGGCAUGGAGUUGGCGGGAGUCUAUAAAAAGCCGCCGUGAGACGAGGCCACCGUCCUGCCAGAGCCGCCGGGAGAGGCUGAGGCUCAGCGCCGGGCGCGGCGGCGGCACCAUGAUCAACCCCAACUACUACCCGUGGGGCUACGACAGCGACAACGGACCAGAUCAGUGGCACAAGAAUUACCCAAUCGCCAAAGGACGCCAUCAGUCACCUAUUGAAAUAAAUAACAAAGAAGUGCAUUAUGAUCGCUCCCUACUACCGUGGUUUGCUAGUUAUGAUCCUGGUGCAGCUAAAACCAUCCUCAAUAAUGGGAAAACCUGCAGAGUUGUAUUUGACGAUUCUUUCGAUAGAUCAGUGCUGAGAGGUGGGCCACUUGCAGGAGUCUACAGGCUGCGUCAGCUGCACUUUCAUUGGGGUUCAUCUGAUGACCAUGGCUCUGAGCAUGUUGUGAAUGGAAUGAGAUAUGCAGGAGAGCUACAUUUGUUACACUGGAAUCCCAAAUAUAGUAAUUACCUUGACGCUGUGAGAAGAACUGACGGAAUAGCUGUUUUGGCCAUAUUUCUGCAAGUAGGGAAAACUCCCAAACCAGAGAUGAAGAGAAUUCUUGAAGAAAUAAAUGCUAUCAAAACAAAGGGGAAAGAAGCACCUUUUCCAAACUUUGAUCCUUCAAUUCUUUUCCCUAAAUCUCAUGACUACUGGACAUACCAUGGGUCUUUCACUACUCCACCUUGCGAAGAGUGCAUCACCUGGAUUAUUCUUAGAGAGCCUAUCAUAGUCAGCUCAGACCAGAUGGCAAAGCUCCGCAGCCUAUCCAAGAAUGCCGAGAAUGAACCUGAUCUCCCCCUGGUUGAUAACUGGCGCCCGACUCAGCCUCGGUAUUUCAGGAUGGUGAGCGCAUCAUUCCUCUAGGGCCUGGCUCAAGUUGGGUGUCCCUGAGCGUGGUGACCUCUACAACCAAGAGGUGGUUUUGUUUUGUGUCCUCUGUUGCAUUUAGACAGAACUCCAGCUGUAGGUCCAGAGGCUGAAACUUUGAGUCGUGAAAUGUGAAUUUCACUUUCAGAGGAUGACAUUUACCUAGGCAAAUCCUGUCAUUAAAAAUGAAGUAGAGAAUCUGUUUGCCUCUUCACAACAGCUUUAACAUUAGCUUUUGUUAGUAGUACAAAGGAAGAAAGAAGAUGGUACUAACAACUACAAAACCAUGUGCUAUUGCCCACACGUCCCUUGAUGGUUGUGUGCUAAAGAGGUUGAAGUUAAGAGAGGUAAUUGUUUUCAGCAUAAGACUGUAUUUUUCAGUAGUUGUUUCCAGCAUUAUCCAUAUCCUGCUCUGAGCUGCACCAGUUAAUGCAGUUUCCAAUUCUUGGAAUUGAAUGAGAGCUCUCUUUUGGUAUUUGAUACAUAAAAUAAUAAAGGAUAGACAAUUUUUUCAUUACCAUUGAUAAAAAACUAAAUUUAACUUCUUAAAACAAUGGACAAGUGAAGCAGAGGUCUAUUUUGAAGACUGUGGUGAAACAGGUCUAUUCUGAAAACUUCAUUCACUGAUUUAUACAUAGUUAAAACUUUGGAAUGAGGGAAGAGCUGUUUCUGAUUGUGUCAUAACUGGUUGUCCAUAUUAAAAGACUAAUGUGCAUGUUAAUGUUGUAGCAAUCAAAGUGACAUGGGUUUUGAGAAUUUGGUCUUUGUAUCCUGAAUUUAUGUUUUCUCCAUGUGUGCAAGUGGCUUUUCUGUGUAAAAAGGGUGUUAAGACAGCAAGGGUUCUUAAUCCUUUUAGUGUUUCUUUUGGAGACAGAUUCUCACUUCAUGUGCAAAUGUAGUUGAUACUGUUGUCAAUAAGAUUUGUGUAUAAAUACCUGAAAACACAGUUUGACUCUUCUGAUCAAAAUGCAGUUGACCAGGGUGUUCUUGUCCCUUGGUUUGGCACAAAGAACAAUGAACCAGAUUCAUAAGCCUAUGUUUGAAAUAACAGUAUUUCUGCAUUAAAAACCCCAAUAAUAAAAAAUAUAUUUACUUAAGAA